AUGACCAGUGCAGUAAAAAGAUCAUAUCCGUUCGGUUCUAGGCCAACGUCUUUAGUGGAAGAAACUGAUCAGUUCAAAGUUCCUCAGGCACCUUUACAUAAAAAAAUGUCAAUGGCUCAUAGCAUUAAUAUUUCUGUCGACGGUGCCGCUCUUAAUAUGAAAUUAUCAAAAACAAUUGCAACAACAAUGCAAGAUAAUGAAGAUAAUGAUCCCACUGAUAACGUCGGUUUUAUGUCCAUCUCAAAUAAUAACAAUCUUGUUGCGACUGAUUAUGGUGAAAAGAGUCCUUUAUUAAGUCCUUUACCAAGUCCUCCUUCUGCCAAAGGUCGUAAUAGGAAAAAUUUACAGGUGGUGGUUCCACCUGUUCGUUCUUCUAUAUCCGCUCCUAAUUCUCCUCAAUUACCGCCAAAUAUUAUAUCCCAUGCUCAAAAUAGACGUCCAUCAACCCCUAUAUGCGUUUAUCAAACCAAAGGCCCUAUUGUAGAUCCUAGAAUACUAAUGUCUAAGACUGAAAAUUCAAUCGGUGAAGAUUUACCCUACAAAGAUGAACCAAUACAAAUAAUGCAGCAUUUAUAUCUUGGUUCUGAAAUUAAUGCCGCGAAUAGAUCAAUGCUUAAUAGACUUGGCAUUGAGUUCAUUUUGAAUGUUGCUAAGGAAGUUGAUAAUCCUUAUUUCGAAGAUUAUCCUUAUUCUCCUGGUUCUGAUUGUUCAAAUGAUAGUUUUCAUUCUGCUAUACAGACUCCUUCAUUGGAUUCUCCAAUGGUUAUUCCCUCUCCACUCGGUGUUUAUCGUUCAAAUUCUCUUAAACGAUCUUCAAUGCCUUCUCGUUCAAAUUCAAUACCUACUCUAUCUACAGUUCCCGCGACAGAUGAUUUUGGUCCUUUAAAAUAUAAAAAGUUCUUUUGGACGCAUAAUCAAGAAAACCUUAUUUCUGAUUUUGCUUCAGCUUUCGAUUUUAUCGAUGAGGCUCGGUCGGCUGGUAGAAAUAUUCUUGUCCAUUGUCAGUGCGGUGUUUCUAGAUCUGCGUCUUUAAUCAUUGGCUAUGUAAUGAAUGCAAAUCGGAUGACACUUAAUCAGGCUUACGAGUUCGUUAAAAAUAGGAGUCCUUAUAUAUGUCCAAAUAUGAGCCUUGUGUAUCAACUAGUUGAUUUCGAAAAGACUUUGAAACUAGGAAAAACCAAUGAUGUUCAUAAUCCUUUAUCCGAUACUACGAUCAAGACUAAAUCAGAAAAUACAAAAACUAGAUCACAUUCACGUAGUUCUAGUAUUGAGAGUGAUCUUUUAUUAAAAACUCACAAACGUAGUAAUAGUAUCCCAAGGAACACUAUUAGCCCUAUAUCUGUAUAUGAUAAUAUUCCAAAGACUCCUACUGUUAUUUCUGAAAGUUCACUUACCGCACAGACUACUCAGUCUACUGUGAAAGGUUUUACCGGAAGGUUUCAUGUUAUCACGGCUUCUGUAACACCUAAUUCUCCAACUGCCUUAUCACCGACGUCAUCGUUAUCGCCCACGAGUACAGUAUCACCUACAACUCCAUCGAGCGAACCAUCACCAACUGGUCAAAGACGUCCUUCAAAGCCUUCACAUCUAUCGCCAAGGGAUAGUAAUUCAUCAUUAGGUUCAUCUGAAAAGACUCGAUCACUGUAUUCUGUUGAUUUCUCACCGUUAUCUCCAAAAAAAAUAACAAAUCCUCCAAUGACUCCCUCGAUCAUUUCUUCAAGUUCCCUAACUCAUACAAUUGAAAAUUUCGGUUCCCAAUCAAAUUUCUUAUUACCUGAAACAACACCACGAAUAAUAGGUCGCCGCCAUUCAAAUGUUAUUAGCGGUUAUAGUAAUUAUAGUCGUAAUAGUCUAAAUGGAUUCACUUCUAGCUUAUAUCGAUCUGCAUCAGAAAGUAUAUUUUCUCCAACAAGAAUAUCGCCACCGAUCACCCCUAUGGCAAUUCCAAAUAUGAGUGAGCUGUUGUUUCGUGAUGAUCAAUAG